AUGGCAUCUGGAGGAGCUAAGUAUCAAAAUUAUUCGCGUUUUCCUUCUCAUCGACCAUUCCAGAAAUGUGAUAUUAAUUACCCUAUUAGAGGAUUACUCAACUUGUUUGUGAUUUAUUUAAUCAGUUUUAUUAGACUAAGUAUUUUGCCAAUUGAUGUUUACACAAGUGAAAUAUCUUUGGGAUAUUCAUAA